GAAUUCCGUACAAAUACUUCCUUCUCUUCUAAUAAUUCUUGAAGCAUCUGGUUCUUUUGCUGACUUUGACAUUAAUAGGAGUUCUGACAAUUCUGAUACGUGUAUGAUUCCACAUCUUCCUUUUCGACUUUCGUUCUGACUUCACAUCUGAACCGUCAAGAGAGGAGGAUUGGUGGGAGUUGAGGUGGAAGAUGGAGCGGUGGAUAUCGAGAAUGUUGAUGGAGGGUGAAGGAGUUGCAGGAGAAUCUUUGAUUUCCACGAUAAAGAUUGCUGUUUUGCCGAUUGCUAAAGUUUUUACCAUGUGCUUUUUGGGAUUUCUUAUGGCUUCUAAGUAUGUUAAUAUCUUGCCUGCUUCUGGAAGAAAGCUUUUGAAUGGGUUGGUCUUUACACUUUUGCUUCCAUGCUUGAUUUUUUCACAACUUGGACAAUCUGUUACCCUUAAGAAAAUGCUUGAGUGGUGGUUCAUUCCUGUGAAUGUUGUCCUUAGUAGCAUUUCAGGAUCGCUAAUUGGAUUAGUUAUUGCUUACAUAGUUCAUCCGCCCUAUCCCUUCUUUAAGUUUACAAUAGUACAUGUCGGAAUUGGAAACAUUGGUAAUGUGCCACUUGUUCUGCUUGCUGCUUUAUGUAGAGACCAGUCUAACCCAUUUGGUGACUCAGACAAAUGCAAAACAGAUGGGACUGCUUAUAUUUCAUUUGGACAGUGGGUUGGUGCUAUCAUCCUGUACACAUACGUAGUCCAGAUGUUGGCACCUCCUCCUGAAGGAACCUUUUAUCCUGAAGAAGCAGCUAAACUUCCCAUCAAGAACAUUCCAAAGGAUGCCACAGAUACACUUGAGCAGGUUCCAUUGCUGAACCAGGAGUUAGUAACAUCGGAUAUUGAUGCUCCAAAGAGAGGAAAGAUGGCAGAGUUUUUUUCUUGGAUCUAUGAAAGGUUGAAACUGAAGCAAAUCCUUCAACCCCCAAUCAUUGCGUCUAUCCUAGCCAUGGUAAUUGGUGCGACACCGUUUCUUAAGAAGUUGAUAUUUACAAGUGAUGCUCCACUUUUCUUCUUUACAGACAGCUGUAUUAUUCUUGGGGAAGCCAUGAUUCCAUGCAUUUUGUUGGCAUUAGGAGGCAACCUUGUAGAUGGACCUGGAAGUUCAAAACUUGGUUUCAGGACAACUGCUGCUAUUAUUUUUGGAAGAUUAGUGUUGGUCCCUCCUGCAGGACUCGGCAUUGUCAUGUUGGCCGAUAAGCUUGGCUUCCUCCCUGCUGGAGAUAAGAUGUUCCGUUUUGUCCUACUCCUACAGCAUUCAAUGCCGACAUCUGUCCUUUCCGGAGCCGUUGCCAAUUUAAGGGGUUGUGGAAGGGAAGCAGCUGCGGUCUUAUUCUGGGUUCAUAUAUUUGCUAUUUUCUCAAUGGCUGGAUGGAUUGUUCUCUUUCUCAACAUUCUCUUCUAAAAACAAAAACUGCAUCAAAUUGAUGAUUUGCUAGGCCCUAGAAUUCCUAUUUAUUCCCUGUUCAUUAAUGUUGAUACUUUAUAGCCUAGAUUAAUCUCAGACUGAAGUUUUUGGAUGGUUGGAAAGAGGUGGCAACGUAUAUAAAGGUGCAUAUGUAAUCCAUUAAGCAAAGUAGAAACGGUCGACCCUUUCUUUCUUUGAUUUAGUAAUGUUUAUUUCAUUUUAAUUCAUGAACCAA